ACCAAGACCGGUCUCAAGACAUCCAACUCUAGUUCAUGCCUAUAGUUUUGUUUAUAUUGUUAUUCAUAUAUUUUCCUUUUUAGUCUCAUUCUCAGUUCCUAAUUGUUUCAGAGUUUCGAUCCAUCCUCUCAACUCAGUUCUUUGUGUCUGUGCUUCACUGUUUAUUUAUCACAUUUCACUUUCUGCUUUAGCUUCUUUAUAGUUAUCUGUCCUGUCUGUCUUGUGUUCACUUUCACUUCCUCUUGUUUCCCUGAUUGUUUGCACCUGUGUUGUUCCCCAGCUAUAUUCACUUCCCGUGGGGAGCCACGUGCAUUUAAGUAGCCAGUUUUCUACUUAUCGUUUGUCAGUGUAUUUGUUACUCCACCCCGAGAUGUUUCUAACAUGCUUUGUAUUUGUUUCCUGGAUUUAUUUUUUCUUUGGACCAUUUCCUACUAUGGUUGAAGUUUUAGUUCUGUCUGCCUGAGUUUAAGUCUGCAUUUGGGGUCCUCUGACACACACACAUCAUGACACUAUUAUGUCAUAGAAAUCAGUGUUGGGGCCUCUCAUGAAUAGGCUCAGUUUUUAGGAACGCUUUUGUAAGUUUAGAUGGUUCCUUCACUGUGUUUUUCAGGAUAUCUGGGCUCUCACUUAGAGAUAGAAGGAAAAGCUCAAUCUUUCAGAGGGACUCUGAAUAAAGCCAUUGCUCCUCCGGAUCAAAAGCAGCCAGUUCAGGUGGUAACCAGGAGGCAUCCUAGUCAGGUGACUGCUGGACGCCUCAUAGGUUUUCUCGUCAGCACAAACAACGCCACACCCUCGCAGUUCUCUCACCUCCACAGUCCAGGUGCAGGGAUCACAGAGAGGGGUGGGGGAGGCAAAGGGGAGGAAGGAGGAGGGUCAUUAUCCCCUUUGAGGGUGGAGCAAAAGGGGAGGCGAAGAAAGCGGAUGAAGCAUUUGAAGCUCAUAUUGACAUGUGGCUCUGUAGGCUCCUGUGUGCACAGCCAUGGAUGGUGUGUUGGAAGGCGCGGCUGUGUUGUGUCUAUGUAAACUGGCCUGCAGUCUACUCUUCCUGCCCUCAUUGGCCGACUCCUACAGUGCUGUCAGUUUCUGCUGCUGCUGCCUCCUCGUCUUCACAGACUUCCUGGUCACAGCUUUUCUGAGUUGCCUUUGCAUCUUUGACUCUUGGCUGACUGACUUGACUCCAUCAGGGGAUUUUAUUGCCCUGCGCUUCCUGCUCUUUCUCAGCCAAACCUAUGGAGCGGUGCUGCUGCUGACCGCACCUCUGAUCGCUGUGGAGACUGUGAUCAGACUCCUGUGGCCCUGUGUUGUCGUCCCUCUCAGGACAGCGAGGCGGACAGCAGGCUCUGAUGGACAGUGUUGUGAUGGGAAAGAGGAGGAAGAGGAAGACAGCAGCGGCUCAGAUGAAGACAUACGGUCUCAUGUUGUCGGCUACCUCUGCUGCCUGUCAGUGUGGGUCAUUGUCGCCCUCAAUGUCAGGGGGCAAUGGAAGCUGGAGGAAGUGUGGGCUGCUGCCUGUCUCCACACAAAUAGUUCCCUUGUCAGAUGUCUGCCCAGCCUCUUCAGCCCCAUUCCUAGCGGCAUAAAUCUCUGCUGGUCCAUGGGCUUCUUCCUCCUCCUGCUCCUGCUGACCACGAGCAGCACAGGCCUUCAAAGGAGACGCCAAGGCCAUUCGCUGAUGUUCAGAGUCUUCAAUAAAGGCGACUGUCACUGCCAAGAACUCAUUCCAGAGUCGUCUGCACCCCUCAAGCCUGUAAAACCAGUGAUGUUGGUGUCUGAGCCAGCACAGCAUGUUGACCCAGAGAAAACAGAGAGCAGCUGUACUGUUCAUACAGCCUGGAACAGCUGGCAGAUGUUGACAUGCAACCAUGGAGACUUUGUCCUUAUUUCCCCAAUGCAUUUGUCUGGAAAGAAGGAAAGACAGGAGAAAGAAAUGGCAAGGAGAGAUGUAUCUGUGGCAUUUAUCACAGAGGAAAACGUGGACUCACAGUGCAGGAGCUGGUGUGGGUGGCGACAGUGGGGUUUUCCCAGCCUCGGGGUGAAUGUAAUGAUAGGGUUGGUAUGUGUGCUCUCCAUAUUUGCGCUGCCUCUCAACCUAAGCGUGAAUGUUGUUCUCGUCAGGACUAUUGAGACUCUGCUGGAGCUGUGUAUCAAAUCUGUACUUUCAUCAAACAUAGCGGCAAACACAAGAGACACGUCUACUUCUGGUGAUGAAACACUCAUUUAACGCCAAACAAAUGGGGAGAGAAAGUGGAACCUGAUUGGUCGCCGUUUGCAACACAGUCAUCAGAUUACAGCUGGCUUGGCUGUUAACACUGGCUUGAAUAGAGCACAAAUGCACAUUUGCGUGCAGCUAUUCACAUGUGAGGAGUAAUAUGUGGAAACUGCUGAUAGCUGUUGAGGAGGCAGGUUGAGGCGUGCUUGGUAGAAAGACACUAAAAACCUCGACUGGAACAGAUGGCUGGAAGGCCUCUCCUUACUAUUCAGAGCUUUGGGAUCUGCCACUAUUUGUCAUUACACAGUGGGUUACAAAACAAGCCACUCCAGUAUAAAUAAGACUAAUACAGGCGCAAACACUGUUUUGAAAGUUAUGAACAGGAUGAAUUAAUAUGAGUCUGCUGAUGCUCCAUCACAUAAUGCCUGUUUAAAGCUGCAUAUAAAUAAAUGCUGAGUGACUGCAGGGCACACCGGGAAUUCUUUUGGUUUUCUUUGUCGGUUUGUUCCAAAGGAUUCAACUGAAGCUGAAGUAUGUGAACUUGAAUACUUAUUAUUCAAGUUAAUCUGAAGUUAACAAUCACAACUGCACAUUGAAAUAGAACAAAUGAUCACUUUAUGAAAGCAGCGUAAAGCAUUAAAUCUGUGAUUUCUGUUUCUUUGCCAUGUUUCUGCUUUCUGUGACCUGUUAGCUGCUACAGAAGAGAAAAACACUGAAGGGUAUUUUUAUUCAUCUUCAA